AAUAUGAUUAAGAUUUUCAAGGAGAAGGAAAAACAGAGGGCAGCAGAAGCCAAAGUCGCGUUACUUGUUAAGAAGGAAACUGCAGCAGAAUUAUGUCUUAAUAGAGAUAUCAGUGAACUGAACCUACCAGCAUGUUGUAGCAUAGAAUUUGUGGAUGGCAAGGAUAACCUGAUGAACUUUGAGGUCACAGUUAAGCCUGAUGAAGGAUACUACACAGGUGGUAAAUUUGUAUUCUCUUUCCAAGUUCCUCCUGUCUAUCCUCAUGAUCCACCAAAGGUCAAGUGCAAGACCCAGACAUAUCAUCCUAAUAUCGACUUGGAUGGAAAUGUGUGUCUUAACAUCCUACGAGAAGACUGGAAACCUGUUCUUAAUAUAAAUACUGUAAUAUACGGACUACUAAAUCUUUUCACGCAACCUAAUCAUGAAGAUCCCCUCAAUGAAGAUGCUGCUAACGAUUUGAGAGAUGAUCCGAAUAAAUUCGCGGAGAAUGUGAAGUAUUCAUUGGAGGGUGGCAUUGUGGGACACACCUACUUCCCUGGCUGCAUGGACUAGAAAACUAGCACGGAUUGGAUCGAAUUCACAAAUUCACGAAUCAAAUGAACACCCCCUAAAUCCCUGCCUUUGAGCAUCUCCUUCUGUGCCAAAGCAUUUGUUGGAGGGAUUGUUGCAAUAAGGUGAAGAGGUCAAGACUUUCAAUCAAAGGAGAGAAUGUUUCAAAGUCCAGAGUAGACCAAUUUGCCUUGAAUGGAAAUAAUUUUAAGACAUUUCCUACCAUGAAAAUUAAAAUGUAGAUGGUAGUGGAUGCGUUAAUUGAGACAUU